AUGUGGGACGACGAGGACAACAACCCAUAUGGCUCCUUCCACCGCCGCGACUCCGAGACUUCGGACAUCGCGUCGCCGACUGAACGCUUCAAUCGACCUUCAACCCCACCGUCCGGCCACUCGUCCCCAGAACACACGCCGCACUUCAUCUCGCGACCCAGCGAUCUCUCUGACGAAGAGCUCGACGAUGAGCAACCCAAGGGACCCAAAGUCCAGCCAAAGGAGGGAGGCUAUGAUAGUCGCAUCGAACAGAUCCUUUACGAGCAUCCCGACUUAGAGAUCCAGAUUACGCAUGCGGGCAAGAACACAGAAGGCGGUGGAAGCUACAUAACUUAUACCAUCCAGACCGGAGAGAUCCAGGUGAGGCGACGAUACAAAGAGUUCGCGUCGCUGCGGGAAACUCUGGUCAAUCUACAUCCUACUCUCGUGGUCCCACCCAUCCCCGAGAAGCACAGCAUUGCAGACUAUGCCGCGAAGCCCACCAAGGCCAAGGAGGAUGCAGGCAUUAUAGAGCUGCGACAACGUAUGCUCGCGACUUUCCUCAAUCGAUGUCGGCGCAUGAAGGAAGUUCGAGAAGACGGCGUGUGGUGGAGGUUCUUGGAUCCCAACGUCAGCUGGAGUGAAGUACUUCACUCGCAUCCGGCGGCCAGCGUUCCCAAGAACAACCUCAAGGCACCUCCACUCGACCCAGCGAAUCCCACUCAGGCUCACUCUUACUUGCCGAUCCCAUCUCAGAACGCGAAGCUGCGAUCUGCGUCUGGCUCCUCUGCGUCUGGCACUCCAACGUCUCCUCCACCAUCCAGCACCCUGGCAUCAACCGCAUCGCACUCGACACCUCAGGUCCAAUAUGCGCGAUUUCCACCUCUAACCCAGCAGCUCAGCGAAUCCGACCUCGACCCCUACUUUUCCUCCUUCGAAAACAGCACCAAAGAACUCGAAACGCUUCUGACUGGAUCGAUGGAGAAAGUCAAUGCUCGAUUGUUGCGGCACAUGUACAGCUUGGGUGAUGAUUUGAUGGACCUUGGCGCACGGUACAAUGCGUUCUCUCUUUCAGAGCAGUCGCAAAGCGUGGCGCAUGCGAUCGAGAAGGCCGGCCAAGCUUGCGACUUCACCUACAUCCAAUCGCGCGAUCUCUCGUCGUCUCUCAGUGCUGGAUUCGCGGAGCCAAUGCGAGAGAGUGCCCAAUUUGCGACGGUCGUGCGCAGUGUGCUGAAGUAUCGUGUGUUGAAGCGAGUGCAGGAGGAGAUGACUCGCGACGAACUCGAGAAGAAGAAGACUACACUGGAACAGCUGGAGAGGAGUGAGAUGGAGGCGAAGAGAAUCGAACAGUACAUGACCUCGUCUGGCAUCCAGAGCUCGCAAUACGCACCCAAGCGAAGCGUCAGCAGUGGUAGCAAUCGCAACCGACCAGGAUCUAGCGACGGUGACAACGCUUCUGUGGACAGCGACUUUCCACCGAAUGCUACCCAGGCACCAAGCGCGCAGCAGGGUGGUCCUCAACAGGACGAUUCCUACUCCUCUCCACCCACGUCACCUCCCAACGGCAACCACAGGAGAGGACCAAGCGGCGUGGCCAACAAGCUCUUUGGGCGUCUGACGCAUGCUAUACAAGGUGUGACCGAUCAAGAUCCUGAGAGGGCUCGGAGAGAUCAGCUCGGCAAGACCAAGGAGAGCUUGGUGCAUCUCGAGCAGGCAUUGGAGGUAGCGCAGUCAGACGUCCAGGAUGCAAGUCAGGGUGUUCUACAGGACCUGAGACGUUUCCAAGGACAGAAGGAGGAUGAUCUGAGGAUGUACAUGCUCAACUUCGCGAAGGCUCAUAUCGAGUGGUCGCGGCGCAGCUUGGAUGAAUGGGAGAAGGCCAAGACGGAGAUUCACAAGAUCGAGGUGCGGUGA